UUUCUCCACUCUAAUUUUGAAUUUCUUUACUGACGUAUCGCGGUAGCGGAUUCAUUUGGUUUAAAGAAUAUUUUUAAGUGUGGAGGUUAAUUUAUUUUUAAAGUUCCUCGUGCCUGUUCGAUCAGAAGUGCUAAGCUGGGCCCGACACCUAACUUUAAGUACAAAAAUUUGUACAUAAAUAAGCGAAAAACAAUAUUUCCAUCGUGUUACGAUCUGCUUUGACAAGUAUAUAUUUAUAUAUGUACGUACCUAUACAUACUAAUGCAGUUGUAGUGUAGGUGUAUGUAAAUCUAGGAUAUUUAUGUAUGUACCUCGGUAUCGUGCUUUGGCAGAUACAAACAGAACACAGUGCGAUCAAGCUCCAUACAUAUGAAUGUUCGGCGUACUCGUCAACUGCAAUUCAAGAAUAAAAAUUUGUGAAAGUGUGUAAAAAGUAUAAAUUUAUAUAAAAAAGUGAAAAAUCAUACAUAGAAAUUGUGGAACACAUGGAAUAUGUUUUAGGCCUAUUCAAAAGAAAGUUAAAGCAAACUUUUAAAAAUCAUGUUUUGCCGUCGGAAAAUUAUUUUUCUACCGCUUUAAUUUGUGUCUUCCCAUGUAAAAAAUAUGUCUCAAACGGUUCGAAAAGUAUUAAUUCUGGCAACAUUCAGAACUAAGGACUAAGGACAUUGCUAUGGCGACAAUUUUCGAAGAUUCCAUAUUUGUUGCAGCUAACAAGAUCUAGCACACUCUAGACAUCACAUUAAAAUUUUAAGGGUAAAAACAUGCCGCAUACACACACCAGACAUGGAUCAUCUGGAGAUGAUUUAUGUAGUACUGAUGAAGUUAAAAUAUUCAAAGACGAAGGGGAUCGUGAAGAUGAUAAAAUAUCUUCUGAAAAUCUAUUAGUUGAAGAGAAAUCAAGCUUGAUAGACCUAACGGAAAGCGAGGACAAGGGCCAAAAAGCUGUACGUCUGGAGCACAGCCCAGUUUUUAAUAAACUUGAUACUCACACACCAGGCUUUAAUAUGGGAUAUUUAGUUUCGCCGUAUUCAUAUGCGAAUGGGUCCACAAGUGGAUUACCAGUCACAAUGACCAACAAAAUUGGACUUCCCCCUUUUUUCUGUCAUAAUGCAGACGCUUUAGCUACACCCCCGCCGGCGCAUUGCGGCAUACCACCAUAUCAACUGGACCCUAAGGCUAUGAGCCUAACUCGUCCCACCAUAUAUCCGUUUGCCGCAGGUCAAUAUCCAUACCCAAUGCUGAGUUCUGACAUAUCUCAAGUGGCUUCGUGGCAUACACCGUCUGUAUACUCUGCAUCGAGUUUUAGAACUCCAUAUCCUUCUUCAUUGCCAAUAAAUUCAACGCUUUCAAGCGAUUUUCCUUUCCGAUUUUCACCAAGCCUUUUGCCUUCAGUACAUGCUACAUCUCACCAUGUAUUAAAUACACAUCCAUCUAUAAUGGGAGCAAGUUCCAAACAAGACAGUGUAGCUCAAGAUACAACGAACAGUAGAUUUUCAAGGAACCUGGAUACAAAAAACUCAUCAAGUGCUCAAACGAAUGACCCUAAAGAUAUUUCGAAUGACAAAAAAAAACCACAUAUUAAAAAACCCUUGAAUGCGUUUAUGUUGUACAUGAAGGAAAUGCGAGCCAAAGUAGUUGCCGAAUGUACACUUAAAGAAUCGGCAGCUAUAAAUCAAAUUUUGGGGAGGCGGUGGCACGAACUUUCCCGCGAAGAGCAAAGCAAAUAUUACGAAAAAGCUCGUCAAGAGCGGCAAUUACAUAUGGAAUUAUAUCCGGGGUGGAGCGCACGAGAUAACUACGGUUAUGUGUCAAAAAAGAAAAAGCGUAAAAAAGACAGAUCGACAACGGAUUCGGGAGGAAAUAAUAUGAAAAAAUGUCGAGCCCGAUUUGGAUUAGAUCAACAAAACCAAUGGUGUAAACCAUGCAGACGCAAAAAAAAAUGUGUUCGUUAUAUGGAGGCAAUGAAUGGAAAUGGUCCUAUGGAAGACGGCAGCGGUCAUGAAGAUCAUGGAAGCCAAUUGAGUGACGACGACGAUGAUGAUGAUGAUGAUAACCCACUUGGUGAAAGCUGUGGAAGCGCCGAUGAAAACAACAAAAUUUUAGAUGACGACGCAGAAUCUUUAAACCAAUCCUUGUCCAGCCCAGGUUGUCUUAGCAGUUUACAAAGUCCAUCGACGAGAACGAGUCUAGCCAGCCCUCAAAUUGUUAAUAUAAAUACUAUUGCUCCGGCUGUAUUUUCUUGCGUCAGUGCGGAGCAGUCAUCUAAUCUGAGAACUAAAUCAGUUUCCAUAUCAGGAUCGAGUAGUGGGUCAACAUGCAGCAUAAGCACCACUCCGAAUACCUCAAGUACAGUCUCGCCAGUAACAGGUACAACGGGACCUUCUCCGAUUUCAGCUAAUGAACGCGCUAUGAUGCUAGGAAAUCGGUUUAGCCACUUAGGAAUGGGAUUGAGCCCUCCUGUAAUUAAUACAACUAACAAUCAAACAGAACCAUUUUAUCACACUCACCCUACAGUAAUUAAUAACACAUUCCCUACGUUGCCGAAAAUUAUUAAUAGUAAUUGCUUGAAUUCUGGGUUAGUACCUAAAGCUCCGGUAUCAAAUAUUUUGCGAAGCCCAAUUGGGGCAAAUCCAAGAGAUAUAAACAAUCCCCUUAGCAUUAAUCAAUUAACUAAGAGACGUGAAAAUAAAAAUUUUGAAAUUAUUAAAACUAUUGAUUCGGAGGCAAGUGUGGCUCAAGCCGCAAAUUCUCUUAUUCAUCAUGUAUCCACUAAUAACUAUCAUGUGAACCACACUCUCUUAAGUAGCAAUUUAAAUCAAAACUUUCAGAAGCAAAUUGGUAGCUCUGUUGGAACAUCAAAAAAUAUUACACCCUCAAUGAUUUGUGAAACUAUUGACAAUGGCGAAUGUAAAAAAAAAACGGACGGAAAAGCUAAUGUUUCGAUAACACCUAGCGCCGGCGCUACCGAAACUGGAGUUAUAAGCGUAUCAUAGGAGUAUUUUUAUAAGAUAAUGGAGUUGAUUAACUUUGAAUAAAAAUACACUCAUACAUACAUGAACCAACGUGCAAUAAAAAUUCUGAGCAUUCAAUCGCCAUCCCUUGAAACAAGUGGCCAUAAAUGUGCCAAAUUUUAAACAUAUUUAUUUUUUAUCAUUCGCAUUCAAACAUAUGUGUUGGCUUAAAUUUUAUUUUUGUUCGUUCGAGACAACGAAACAAAUUAAUGUUACUAGAUCCAUAAACGACAAUUAUAUAACUAUAUAAAAAGAAAAUGAUUUUAUAUAUUCACUAAGUUAAAUUCAUUAUUUUAUUCAUUUCAUUUUUUUUUUUUAAUU